AAGACAUCCGUUGGUGCUAAAUUGAUUUCUUUUUUAAGGUUAGUUAUAGUUUAUUAUCAAUUAGCUAAUCUUAAUGCUGCAGCUGCGCCACCUAUUCGAACUUUAGAGAGCCGCUCUGGUUGA